AUGGCAGUACCAUUCACGCGUCGAUUAGAGCGAGAGAUAGACGAGAUCAAUGACCGUGGCGCUGCAGAUGGUUUGUUUGUCGCUCCUGUCGAUGCUGAGCAGUGCCAGGAAGAAGGAGCGGCCAUUGGACAACGACCAAUACAUGCGGUUUACGAAGCUGGCUUGGCAGCUGCGGGCCAGCUUGGGAGUAUGAUGGGCGAGAUUUGCAAAGGAGACGAGUGGUAA